CACCUCAACACCGAAUCCCUGCAGCCCUGCAGCCCUUUCUGCCUCGAGUUCUCCCUGUAGGCCAUGGCGUAUGAUCGUGGCCGGGCAGCGAGGGCGACCAUACAGGCUGAGAGCAGCUGCGGAGACUUGUACACCUUCCUGGAUGAGAAGCCGCCCGAGCGCAGCCGCGCGGUUUCCCUGCCAGGCCCCGCAAGGCGCGCCAUGACUCCGCCCCGGUCCGCGCGCGCGCAGCCGCCGGGCCUGGAAGGGCCUCUCAUAGAAAAGCCCCUGGUCGACCUUUUUGUCUUCAUUGGCGAGGCGCCGCCACCGCGACAACGGGCCCGGGCUACUUUGCGGCGGUCCUUGGAAGAGGUCUGGUGGCGUUGGUCGCAGCGACAAAGAAGACUGCAAAUGGCACAGGAGGAUGGAGAUACGUUGGCUCCCGGCUGCGACUACCAGCAGCUGGCAGAAGGACCUGCAGGACCAAUGCCAGGCCCUACUGGGGGGAACUGGGAUCGCUUCCGUGAGUGGCUUGAAGGCGAGGAGCCUGUGAGGUAUGAGGGGCGGCGCAGAGGAUCCGACCCGGGCAGGGGCCGUGACGUGGCGGGCCUGCUGCGAGAGCCGCGCAGCCGCUCGGUCUUUGCCCCCCGUGCCAGUGACCGCUACCACGAGCUGGAUGACGGCCCUCAGGAGUCCCGCUCAGAUGAUGAAGCGGAACGGAACUACUGGACGCCUAGCCCCGAGGAGAUAGAGAUGAUGAUGCGCUUCGGGGACACCCCGAACUUUGGACUUACGCCGCCAUGGGCCAUGCCCAUGUGGUGAGGUGCACCCAGCACCGAGCCAAGUCUCACCAGUGCUGCCCAUGGACGGUGCUGUUGUAGGUUGCAAGGGCCGGUGGUGUGCAUGCAGUUGAUGUGUUUCGCUUGGUACGCUGUGCACCCUGGCUCUUGCGUUGUGGCAGGUCGCUUGCCCGAAUUCUGGGCUCGGCCAGGCUCACGCCAAAGACAUGAUGUUGGUUACUGUGUCACAGGGAAAUGCCAAAAAUUUCCAGUGCCAUGGUGCCUUUUGCUCGCUUCCUGAGCUCCUGGAU